GGCGGCCUGAGGCGGCGGCUGAAGCGGCGCCAUGGCGGCGCUGCUCGGAGCCAAGGCCGGGGCGGCCAUGGACGGCGCCAGGCAGGCCGGCAGGGGCUCGGCCGCCGUCAAGGUGCUGGAGUGUGGUGUCUGCGAAGAUGUGUUUUCCUUGCAAGGAGACAAAGUUCCCCGGCUGCUUUUGUGCGGCCACACCGUCUGUCACGACUGCCUCACCCGCCUGCCUCUCCAUGGAAGGGCAAUUCGCUGCCCUUUCGAUCGACAGGUGACCGAGCUCGGAGAUUCCGGUGUGUGGGGUCUGAAAAAGAAUUUUGCCUUGCUGGAACUCCUGGAACGGCUUCAGAAUGGCCCCAUCGGUCAGUACGGAACCGUGGAGGAAGCGAUCGGGAUAUCUGGAGAGAGCGUCGUGCGCUGCGACGAAGACGAAGCCCACGUGGCGUCGGUGUACUGCACCGUGUGCGGCACGCACCUGUGUUCCGACUGCUCCCAGCUGACCCACUCCACCAAGACGCUGGCCAAGCACCGGCGGGUGCCUCUGGCGGAUAAACCCCACGAGAAGACCCUGUGCUCCCAGCACCAGGUGCACGCCAUCGAAUUUGUCUGCCUGGAAGAAGGGUGCCAAGCCAGCCCGCUCAUGUGCUGCGUCUGCAAGGAGUACGGCAAACACCAAGGCCAUAAGCAUUCCGUGUUGGAACCCGAAGCCAACCAGAUCCGGGCAUCCAUUCUAGACAUGGCCCACUGCAUCCGGACCUUCACCGAGGAGAUCUCGGAGUAUUCCCGCAAGCUGGUGGGAAUCGUCCAGCACAUAGAAGGGGGGGAGCAGAUCGUCGAAGACGGAAUCGGGAUGGCCCACACGGAGCACGUCCCAGGUACCGCCGAGAGUGCCCGCUCCUGCGUCCGGGCCUACUUUUCGGACCUCCACGAGACCCUGUGUCGCCAGGAGGAGAUGGCCCUGAGCGUGGUGGACGCCCACGUGCGGGAGAAGCUGAUCUGGCUGAGGCAGCAGCAGGAAGACAUGACCAUCUUGCUGUCCCAGGUUUCGGCAGCCUGCCUCCACUGUGAGAAGACGCUGCAGCAGGAUGACUGCAGAGUGGUUUUGGCGAAGCAGGAAAUUACGAGAUUGCUGGAGACGUUACAGAAACAGCAGCAGCAGUUCACCGAGCUUGCGGAUCACAUACAGUUGGAUGCCAGCAUUCCCGUCACAUUCACCAAGGACAACCGAGUCCACAUUGGGCCCAAGAUGGAAAUCCGGGUGGUCACGCUGGGCUUAGACGGUGCCGGAAAGACCACCAUUUUGUUCAAGCUGAAGCAGGACGAGUUCAUGCAGCCGAUUCCAACCAUCGGUUUUAACGUGGAAACCGUGGAGUAUAAAAACUUAAAAUUCACCAUUUGGGAUGUAGGAGGGAAGCACAAGCUCCGGCCCUUGUGGAAGCAUUAUUACCUCAACACCCAAGCGGUCGUGUUCGUCGUCGACAGCAGUUACCGGGACCGAGUCAGCGAGGCCCACAGCGAGCUCGCCAAGCUGCUGACCGAGAAGGAGCUGCGGGACGCCUUGCUCCUCAUCUUCGCCAACAAGCAGGAUGUGGCGGGGGCCCUGUCGGUGGAAGAGAUCACGGAACUGCUCAGCCUCCACAAACUGUGCUGCGGGCGGAGCUGGUAUAUCCAGGGCUGCGAUGCCCGCAGCGGCACGGGCCUCUACGAAGGACUGGACUGGCUUUCGAGGCAGCUCGUGGCCGCCGGCGUCUUAGAUGUGGCCUAAUUCUCGGAUAGAGCGGUGGCUUAAAGUCCGCGGCGAGCCGUCA